AUGACACAGUUGUUACAAAAAGAUGUGAAGUUUGAAUGGUCUGAGAAAUGCCAACAGAAUUUUGAUCAGUUGAAAGCACUGUUAACCGAAACACUAGUUUUGGUUCAACCUGAGUUGGGUAAAGAAUUUGUGAAUACCAAUGAUGCAUCAUUGAACGGGAAAGCAAAUGUAGUCGCAGAUGCUUUGAGUAGAAAAUCUUUAUUUGUUUUGAGAGCGAUGAAUACGCGAUUAACUUUGUCUAAUGAUGGUUUGAUAUUAGCCAAGUUAAAAUCUAAACCGAUGUUUCUUUUGCCAAUCUGUGAAGCUGAAAAAUGUGACAGUGAAUUGGAAGCUAAACGAGUACAGUAUGAGUCGACUCCUGAUUCAGAGUUUCAGAUUGGAACAAAUGAUUGUUUAUUUUCCAAGGUAGAGUUUGCGUACUGA